AUGGACCCUAAUUCAGAUUUGAAGCCAAUGACUAUGGAAAGCGAGCCUUUAACUGUGACGUGCGUGGCCAGAGCACGUAUACCUACGACUACCGGACCAGAUAUUUUCCUGCAUCUGUAUGCGAACAACAGGGACUCAAAAGAACACUUGGCAAUUGUUUUUGGCGAGAACAUAAGGUCACGGACGUUGUUCAGAAGGCGGCCUGGCGAGACGCAACAGGAUCGUAUGGUAAGGGGUGCGUACGUAGGAAAGCUGUUUCCGGGCAGAACGGUAGCGGACAGAGACGAACAUCUCGGACUGGAAUUGCAGUUUGGUGACGACGGAGACCUCGUAGUCGAUGAACACACCUGGCACGACCAGAAAACGCUAGUCAGAAUCCAUUCCGAGUGCUACACGGGAGAAACCGCGUGGAGCGCCCGGUGCGACUGCGGCGAGCAAUUUGACCGUGCCGGUAAACUAAUGGCCAUGGACCGCGAAGGCGACAUAAUAGGUGGUCAGGGGCGCGGUGUUAUCGUUUACUUGCGCCAGGAAGGCCGCGGAAUUGGUUUAGGUGAAAAGCUCAAAGCUUACAAUUUGCAAGAUCUCGGUGCCGAUACCGUACAGGCCAAUCUCUUACUCAAGCACCCCGCAGAUGGACGGGACUUCUCGAUGGGACGCGCUAUACUCAUGGACUUGGGAAUCGAGCAAGUACGGCUCUUGACGAACAACCCGGACAAGAUAGAACAAAUAGAAGAUCCACCCUAUUUGCACUGUGUCGAGAGAGUGCCCAUGGUUCCACUGUCGUGGACACACGACGAAGAAGGUAUCCAUUCGUCCGAAGUCGAGGGCUACUUGAGAACCAAGGUCGAAAGAAUGGGCCAUCUUUUGCAGAAGCCCCUGCAACUACACGUACACGAUUAA